UUGGAGACUCUCUCUCACUUCUCGCUGCCAUCCAGCGGCGGGCGGCGCGGGCAUCAUGUCCUUCAACUCCACCAUGAUGCCACCUGCGAACGGCUCCGCGAACGGGACGGCGAGCGAGGGCGGGAAGCCCCCCACCAUCCCCACCGUCAUGUUCAUCUUCGGCGUCGUGGGCAACCUCAUAGCCAUCGUGGUGCUCUGCAAGUCCCGCAAGGAGCAGAAGGAGACCACCUUCUACACGCUGGUCUGCGGGCUGGCGGUCACCGACCUGCUGGGGACCUGCCUGGUGAGUCCGGUCACUAUCGCCACUUACCUGCAGAACCGCUGGCCGGGGGGACCGGCGCUGUGCGAGUACAGCUCCUUCAUCCUCCUCUUCUUCGGACUCUCUGGCCUCAGCAUUAUCUGUGCCAUGUCUAUAGAGAGGUACCUGGCCAUCAACCAUGCCUAUUUCUACAACCACUACGUAGAUAAGAAGCUGGCAGGGCUCACGCUCUUUGCCAUCUAUGCUUCCAACGUGCUGUUCUGCGCCCUCCCCAGCAUGGGGCUCAGCAAAUCCACCUUGCAGUACCCCGACACUUGGUGCUUCAUAGACUGGCGAGCCAAGGAGGCCACGCACGCCGCGUACUCCUACAUGUACGCCGGCUUCAGCUCCUUCCUCAUCAUGGUCACCGUGAUCUGCAACAUCCUGGUGUGCGUGGCCCUCAUCCGCAUGCACCGCCAGUUCAUGCGGCGCACAUCCCUGGGCACGGACACCACCUCCAGCCGCUUAUCUGACUUUCGCAGACGCCGGAGCUUCCGUCGCAUGGCCGGAGCGGAGAUCCAGAUGGUUAUUCUGCUCAUUGCCACUUCCCUGGUGGUGCUCAUCUGCUCCAUUCCUCUGGUGGUCCGCGUCUUUGUGAACCAGCUGUACCAGCCUGAGACAGUGAGGGACAUCAGACAGAACCCUGACCUGCAAGCCAUCCGCAUCGCCUCCGUGAACCCCAUCUUGGAUCCGUGGGUUUACAUCCUGCUCCGCAAGACCGUGCUCAGCAAAGCUAUCGAGAAGAUCAAAUGCCUCUUCUGCCGCAUCGGCGGCGCUCGGCGGCAGCACCCGGGUGGCAACUUCAAYUGCGUGGACGGCCGCAGGACCUCGUCUGCCGUGUCCAGUCAGUCGCCCUCCUGCAUCUCGCGGGAGCUGCGGGAGAUCAGCAGCACCUCACAGACCCUGCUCUACCCGCCCGAGCUGAGCGAAAGCAGCGUCGGGGGCCGCGUGCUGCUGCCGGGCGCCGGCGCCAGCCUGGCGCAGUCCGACACUACGUCAGUCAGGACGCUGCGCAGCUCGGAGACCUCGGACUCCUCGCAGGGCCAGGACUCUGAGAACGUCUUCUUGGUGAACGAAAUCGCGUCUGGCAGUGGGGCUAGCUCCACAUCCAAAGGCAGCCCGCUCCAGGUCACCUUCCCAUCUGAAACAUUGAACUUAUCAGAAAAAUGUAUAUAGCAGUGCAAGUCACCAACCCUUAGGAUCCUUCCCGGUAUAUUGGAAAAACUGGUGCAAUAGGCAGGUAUUUUACCUGUUGAAGGGGAGAGGGGUUCAGCUACGCUCCAAAGGGCUAUUUUUCUCUUGCUGUGUGAUGGGUACAUUGCAUUUAGACUACUGAGGACUGUAUGGAACAGACAUUGCACUUGUCCCUGUCAUUGGAACUUGUACAAGACAGGUCUAGCAGGACUGGAAGCACAAACUGUCGUGUUCCUGGACACAGGGGAGCKACCAGCUCUGGAGUAAAAUGAUCCAUCACUUGCUUUCCUUUCCUUUCUUCAUCUGCCCACAUCUGGUAGAACUGUUUUUUCUCUCCCGUGGCUGCUCAGCUAUAAAGGUUUCCAGCUUCUGGUACCAGAGCUAACGGUGAGGCAGCUACUYGGAACUGGACAGAGCUCUGCUCUAACAGCUACCUGGGGCACUCACUAAAGCAUGAAAAUGUGAAUUUUUACUGUUGUAUAUAUGUCAGGAUUGAAAAUAUUUAAAAGUGUAUUCUUCUCUAUGAGAAGGUUUUGUAUUAAUACAAGGUAUAUAGAAAUGAUUGCCAGCCUUGUCUUGCCCCAGUACUGCCUGCUGGGAAGACAUUCUUGUUUUAGGUUUGUUGGCUGUCCUAGAUCACAAGCUGAUGGGAGUUAGUUCUCUGUCUAGGAAUAAAUAAAAGCUCUGAGUGAAAUGGGAACAUGUGCUACCAAGAGAGAAAAAGAAAACAUCCUUUCAGCUAAGAAUAUUUCCUUUUCAGUAUAUGUACAUACUAGAAAGCCAGAUUUUAUUUAUGUGCUGACAAUGUUUCUGUAACACUCCUCUUGGAGUACUCCAGCCCACAUUCUGCACACACUUAAACACACACUUAACAUUGCCCAACUGAGUAGUCCCUCUGCUGCCAGAGAGACUCCUUACAUAUAAAGUUAAGGACAUAUAGAAAUGCUUUUAAAUAUCAGGACCUAAAACUUUAAAUCCCUGGUUAAUAGUCUUACUAUUCACUUUAGUUAAAACAUCACUGAUGUAAUAAAGGUAUUUUUUCAUAGCAUUUAUCAUUUUACUUUAAAUAGYAAAUAGAGUUUUUAUGACUGUAUAAUCUGAUAUUCCAUCAAAUAAACACACAAAACCAUGGAAGCAGAAUCUUCA